CCUCUUGCAGUUCAACACACAACCCUUAGCAUAUUCUCUUAAGUAUUAAUCUCAGUUCAUAUUUUGAGCACAAAUCAUCAUCCAUAACAAUGGUUGUUUCUAAUGUUGUGAGUACACUUGAGUUAGCAGUAGAAUUCAAAAGCCCAGCAGAUAAGUUUUGGGAAGCUCUGAAAACUUGGUCUUCUAUUCUUCCUGAGGUUUUACCAGAGACUUAUACAAGUAUUGAAGUAGUUGAAGAUGUAGAUGGAGAAAAGAAUGGAUCCGUUACCCUUUGGAAAAUGAAUCCGAGUACAUUGAUUAAAGAGGCUCCUGUUAUGAUGGAAGAGAAGAAAAAAUUAGGAAGUGUGGAUGAGGUAACCAAAACUAUAACUUACAGUGUUAUUGGUGGUGAUUUACUAAAGCUUUACAAAAGUUAUGAGCCUAAUUUCACACUUAUUCCCAAGAUUAGUACUAUCACUAGUGCUAAAAAUGAAGGUGAUGAUGAUAAAGUUGAAGAAAAGGAUGAAACAAUAGGAGGAGGUACUGUAAAGUGGUCGGUGAAGUACGAGAAAGUGAAUGAGAUGGUUCCUGAACCUAACAUGGUUAAGGCCAUGAUCUACAAGACUAUACUCAUUUUGGAUGAGCAUGUCCUCUCUAAACAAAAUGAAGUGGUCAAGCAAGAUGAGCAUAUCCUCUCUAAACAAAAUGAAGUGGUCGAGCAAAAAGAACAGACAGAAGUGAUAACUAAUUGAAAAAGGAUGAGCAAGUUAAAAUCAUGUGUCUCCACUAUUAUCAUGUUUAUCAAUAUUUAUAGCUUAAUUUAUUCUAUUGAUUCUGAAGCAUUUAUAGCUUAAUGAAUGUUGUUAUGUUUUCAAAUCACACAAUAAGAUGGAUAUCUUUCGAUG